AUGAGCGAAAUGCAUGAAAUCAUCGUUGAGGAAUUUAAUGAAAAUUAUCCACUUAAAAGAACUAAAAAUCCACCAUAUAAACGCGUGAUACUUUUGGCAUUGGACGGUCUAGGUACCGUUUAUAAAAAGGUUCACACACCAAAUCUCGAUAGUUUUACGUUCCUCGGGUCAGAAGUUAGAGCUCAAUUUCCAACAAAUAGUGCGGAAAAUUGGGGAUCGAUACUUCACGGGGUGAUACCAAGCAAACAUGGUUUAACUAAUGAUAAGGUUGGUUUAAAACCAUAUGAUGAAAAAAGUCCGUACCCAAGCAUUUUUAAACUUUUAAAACAAAAUCAUGAUGAAAGGAAAUUAGCUUCAUUCGUUUCUUGGGGAUCAAUUAAUACGGGAAUAAUUGAAUUAUCCGUUAAUAUGGAUAAAUAUUCACCGGAGAUUAAUAUUUUCAUACGUUUUUGGUUAUGGAUCAAGUUAAAAAUUUUAUCGAAUUCAUCAUUUGAUCCUUACGUUGUAUCAAAAGUAACGAAUUACAUACUUGACCCUCAAAAUAAUGACGUGGAAUUUUUAUUUAUUCAUUUAGUAGACGUUGAUGAACAUGGUCACGCUCAUGGUUGGGGCUCGAAAAAUUAUUUGAAUCAAAUGAUUAUGAUGGAUUCACAAAUUGGUGAAAUUUUAAAAGCAAUCGAAACAGCUGGUUGGUCAGAGGAUUCACUUGUCAUUGCUACUACGGAUCAUGGUGGUGUUAAUCACGGUCAUGGUGGUAAAUCUGAUGAUGAAACUCUUGUUUUCAUGGGGUUAAAAUGUAACGGAUUUAAUAAAUGGAAAGUUCUUAAAGAGAAAAUUACUAAUAUGGAUUGUGCUUCCAUUAUAUUAAACGCGUUGGGUUGUGAGAUUCCUUCGUGGUUCGACGCAAAAUUACCUUCAGGAUUCUUUAUUUAA